CGCAAGUAAUUGACCUUCUUCCGUCGUAGGACGUUUGUGAAAAAUAAAAUGAUUUCAAUACCGAAAUCAGCGGGUGUUACCGCAGUUUCACAGAUUGUAAAUUGUACUAAGACUUCAGCAGCACCCGUUAUUUUAAAGAAAAACUUAUAUAAACGUAAUGUAUUCCUUCCUACGAAGAAACAAACUUUACCAAGUUCUGGCAUCGCUGCUUUUGUUGAAAUAGGAGGUCCAUGCCAAGUGAGGUUCUCACACACUGAUGUCAAAUUUCCAGACUAUGAUGUGUACAGAAAGAAGGGAAAUAUUGACAAACAUGAUGUCAACAGAAGUGAAACACCCUCUCGUACCUUCUCAUAUGUAAUGGCUGGAGCUGGAGCGCUGGGAGGCAUCUAUAUGGGAAAAACUAUAGUGGAGAGGGUGGUAACAAGUUUAGCAACUACCAAGGAUGUUUUAGCCUUGUCCAAGGUAGAAAUAAAUUUAUCUGAAAUACCGGAAGGUAAAAAUAUGGUAUUUAAGUGGCGUGGAAAGCCAUUGUUUGUAAGACAUCGUACAGCGGAAGAAAUUGAGACAGAACAAAAUGUAAAUCUGGCAGAACUGAGGGACCCCCAGCAUGAUAGUGACCGAGUACAAGACCCUAAAUGGCUGGUCUGUCUUGGAAUAUGCACUCAUUUAGGGUGUGUGCCAGUAGCUGAUGCAGGUGACUUCGGCGGUUACUAUUGUCCAUGCCACGGAUCCCACUAUGACGCUGCAGGAAGAAUCAGGAAAGGCCCCGCACCUCUGAACUUGGAAGUUCCAUUCUAUCAGUUUGAAGAUCAACUACUUAUUGUUGGUUAAAAGUGAUAAUUUUUAGGUCUUAGGAAAAUAAAUUGAAGAAAAAGAAAACAUGUGAAAGAUAUUUAUUAUAUUAUGAAAUUGUGGAAUUUUAUAUCAUUUUUUUAUUGACAGGCAUUGGAAUAUACUUUAAUGUUUUCUCUCAUUUAAUGUUGUUUUUUUUGUGCAGAAUGGAAGAACAGACAAAGUGUUGAUAAUAUUUUGUGAUGAUAUUGACUCCUUUUAAAAGAAGUACUUUGUGAGAAUGAUGUUGAAUAGAAAAUGUUAUUUAAAAUUA